CACAGAAAACAGGAACCUGCUUUUUGCUUCCCCAGCGAAAUCGAAGAUGAAUGUGGGGGGAAGUCGAGUAUGAGGGAACAGCAGCACUUACAGAAACAUGGACCUGACAAAUCACUGCAAAGGAGCAAGAGACGCGUUUAAAGAGGAGACACAGUAGAGUCCCCUCUCUUCACCUGUGACCUCUGACCUCUCUCAUGGAUCGGCCUGUGCGUGGGGGACUGUCAGCUCGGGGCUGCUGCUCCUACAGCGCCCUGAAGGCCUGCCUGCCCGUCCUGUCCUGGCUGCCCAGGUACAACAUGGGCUGGCUACAGAUGGACCUGCUCGCAGGCCUUACCGUCGGCCUGACGACUGUACCGCAGGCGCUGGCCUAUGCUGAAAUAGCCGGACUGCCUGUGCAGUUUGGGCUGUAUUCUGCCUUCAUGGGAGGAUUCAUCUACACUGUCCUGGGGACGUCAAAGGACGUGACGCUGGGUCCCACGGCCAUCAUGUCGCUCCUCUGCUUCUCUGUGGUGGGGGGGCAGCCGCACAGAGCCGCGCUCCUCAGCCUGCUCUGUGGACUCGUCCAGGCUGCAAUGGCCCUGCUCAGAUUAGGUUUUCUCUUGGACUUCAUCUCUUACCCCGUAAUAAAAGGCUUCACGUUUGCUGCUGCAGUUACCAUUGGGUUUGGUCAGGUCAAGCAUAUUCUGGGACUGAAGGGGGUCCCUCAGCAGUUCUUCCUGGAGGUUUAUUACACCUUUCAUAAGAUCCCAGAGGCCAGGCCCGGAGACGUGGUCCUCGGUGUCAUCUGUCUCUUUCUGCUGGUCAUGUUUAAAGUCAUGAAGACGAAUCUGGGCUGUGACGACGGGUCUGCAUCAUUGAGAGUCACCAGGAAAAUAGUGUGGGCUGUUGCGACCAUGCGUAAUGCUCUGAUAGUCGUGGCUGCAUCGUUGGUAGCUUUUUCUUGGGAUGCUUCUGGUCACCAUGUGUUUACUAUCACUGGAGAAACUCCUCGAGGGCUCCCCCCAUUCAGGCCCCCACCCACCUCAGACACCACAUCCAAUGGCACCGUUGUCUCCUUUGGAGACAUUGUUGAGGACUUCGGAGCAGGGCUUGCUAUGAUUCCCCUCAUGGGUCUCCUGGAGAGCAUUGCUAUUGCUAAAUCUUUUGCAAGUCAGAAUGACUACAGGAUUAAUGCCAAUCAGGAACUGCUGGCAAUCGGUCUGACCAACAUUAUGGGCUCCUUUGUGUCUGCUUACCCCGUCACUGGCAGCUUUGGAAGGACGGCCGUGAACUCCCAGACUGGGGUUUGCACUCCUGCGGGAGGGAUCAUCACCAGUGUGAUAGUGUUGCUGUCCUUAGCGUUUCUCAUGCCGGCCUUCUACUACAUCCCCAAAGCCUCCCUGGCUGCUGUUAUCAUAUGUGCAGUAGCACAUAUGGUGGAUUACCGCAUUGUGAUUAAGAUGUGGAGGAUAUCCAAGUUGGACCUGGUGCCGUUUAUUGUGACCUUCCUGCUGAGUUUCUGGCAGGUGCAGUACGGGAUCAUAGGAGGCGUUGCUGUAUCUGGAGUCCUGCUGCUGUACAACACUGCCAGACCCCAGAUAAAGGUGUCUGAUCACGGUGUGCUGGUGAUGGAGUUGAGCAGUGGCCUCAGCUUUCCUGCCACAGAGCAUCUGAGCCACAUCCUACACAGUCAGGCUCUGCAGGUUUCCGCUCCACGGUCAGUGGUGCUGGACUGCCAUCAUGUCAGCGUCAUAGAUUACACAGUAAUCAGCGAGCUCGGGGACCUGCUGAGGCAGUUCAGACUACGGGAUGUGGAGCUUGUGUUCUGCAGGUUGCAGCCGUCCGUCCUGCAGAAGCUUGUAGCUGCUGACCUGAAGGACUUCAGGUACACAGACAGUGUGGAUGCAGCGCUGCAGGUGGAGUCACACUGCCUGCUCGACUACUGACACCGAACCCCUGCAGUCGCAUUCUGGAGAGAAAAGGCAGCAACAACACACCUCGCUGACGUUUCUGAACUGGGAUUAUUGUGCUGGUAUCUGUUGACAUGAAACUGUGAUAAACCGCCACCAGCAGAUCAUUGACCGGCAGUGAAGGGAGCAGUAUCUGCCACUGGCCAAGUUGUUUUACAUUUGGUUUUAUCAAGUCUGUUGCACUAAACGUUUUAUCUGCUCAAUUUAUUAUCAAAAACGACUGCAGUCAUGUUGGUUGCGACACUACGCUCCUUACGCCUUAAUGCAUUGGACCAGAUGUGUUACCUAUAUAGCUAUAGUUACCAGCAUUUUGUAUACUUCUGAGAGAUAUUUUGUAGUUUUUAAAAAUGAGGCAAAUAAUAUAACUGAUUUACAUUCCAACUGCUUAGAGGGAAAGAGCUGUCAGAGACCAAGUUUUCAGAUAGUGAACAGAGCACAGCGACCUCAAAGGUCACCCAUUGUUAUGUGUUGCGUUAUUUGUCUAUGUAAAAUCAAUUUUUAUCUGACUGACACACCUGUACAGAGGAUAAAUCAAAGGGUAAUUUAUCUGACAUAAAAUGUACUCAUUAUUCCUGAGUGAAAACUUUGCAUCAAUAUUUUAACUGCUAACAGGUGUCAUGGUAGAAGGUGUCAGAUGAUGAAUAUACUCCAUGUUUAUGGAGGUAAUGCCAGUGGAUGAAGCAAAUCUGUUUCAUUUGACGUCACAUCCUGUGGAGCUUUUACUUGAUACACAUUGAGCAACUCUAUUGAACGGCCUGGAGCCCGCAGCCUGAGCAGCUCUGCACCAUUUGCUGCAUCCAAUGUUUUUUAGACUCCAAAGCCACCUCAAGUCUGUUUCCACUUUGAGGUUAAAGUGGCAGUUCGACACUUUUAAUAAAUGUUUGUUGAUUAAUUAUAAAAUGCACUCAUUACAUGAAUCCAGCAGCUUAAUGUCAACCAAAGCAAUAGAAAGUUUCAAAUGAAUGUUUUGCAGAAAGAGGAAUUCAGUUACGA